AUGGUUUCUCAAGACCAAAGUAAGGACUCUGGCUCCAAAAAAAAUGGAGGUAAGGAGCUUGGAAUGGUAACUCCUCAAGACAAGCCCUUGAAGAAGAUGAAGUUUGUUUCAUCUGCUGAGACAGAACCAACCAGCACGACAACAAUUUCUGAGGAUUCAAAGUCAGGUCGAGGUAUGAGCACAAUGCCUCGUGUUGUGAAGAGAAAAUUGCAGAAAAUCAAGCCAGUUGUUGAGUACAAUAAAAGGGGGAAAGGAUGUGGCCCUGCACAUACUGAGAUGCAGUCCUACAUUGGUGUGUUGGCACGCUCCAGAGUCCCACUUGUGGACAAGAAAUGGGCUGAAAUCCCCAAGGAUAUAAAGGAGCAGAUUUGGGAAGCCGUUGACAUGGCUUUUGUGGUAGGUCAAGGGGGCAAGACCUCGGUGUUAUCUUCUGCUGCCAAGAAAUGGAAGGAUUUCAAGUCUACAUUGACGAGGCAUUAUAUUACUUCCAUACAUCAAGGAGAGGGAGAAAUUAAGCCAACCCCCUGA